AUGUUUCUGCUAUCAGGGCAGGUGGACACAGUUGGGACAGUGCAGGUGGACACAGGGCAGGUGGACACAGGGCAGGUGGACACAGGGCAGGUGGACACAGUUGAGUCAGGGCAGGUGGACACAGCUGGGUCAGGGCAGGUGGACACAGGGCAGGUGGACACAGUUGAGGCGGUUGCAUGUGUGUCUGAGGUAAUAAAAGAUUCUCUGGAGACUACAAAACUAGCAAACUACAAACCUGUGCAAAGAGGCAACACAAGCGCAAAGAAGACCUUUCCAAAGAUCAACAUUAUGAUGGAACUUGAAAGUGAGAAACAAUGCAAAAUUCCAUUUCUUGAAAAUGACACCUAUGCAGUUCAAGAUGAUUAUCCCGAGCAGCUCAUUGAAAUGUUUAUCCUCAAAGUCGGAGACUCCUAUUCCACGUGCACUCUGAACGACGUCCACAACAACAGUUCUCGUGCUGAUACUAACAACACCCAACUCACCUGUGAUGCCUGGGUGUACGACAAAUCAGUCAUACAAUCCUCAGGUCCUACAGAUUUCAACAUGGUCUGCGACAAUGAGAUACUACGUUCCCACAGCAACAUGAUCGACUUUGCAGGGGGCUCUGUUCGGAGCGCUUCAAUGGAAUUCGUUGGACCAUCUAAAAGGACAUUUACCGGUAUGGUGAUCGAAUACUUCUGGACGGCUGGGUUGUUGCUACUUACUGGGCUGGCAUAUCUAGUUCGGAAGUGGCGACAUCUUCGAUUGGCGUUGGGCAUACCUCCAAUCCUGUUUGUGGUGUAUUGGAGGUUUGCCACCAACUUAAUCUUCUACGGCCUAAGCCUGAAUGUGGGCAACCUGAGCGGUGAUAUCUAUCUCAACUUCUUCAUAUCCUGCCUGAUGGAACUACUUGGAAUUAUAUUGUGCCAUGUUCUAAUGAAUAAAGUUGGGAGGAAGACAGUGCUCUGUUCCUCCAUGGUCCUCGGGGGCUUAACGUGCAUAUCUUCUUUGUUCCCGCUGAUUUAUGGCAACUCUUCUACAGGAUGGACACUGAUAGCAAUCACCAUGGCUGGUAAACUAGGUGCUACUGUUGCAUUCUCAGUCAUCUACAUCUUCUCUGCGGAGUUGUUUCCCACGACUUUGCGACAGUCCGCUAUGGGGUCCUGCUGCUUGUUUGAAGGCGUGGCUGGCAUGGUUGCACCAUAUAUUGCUGACCUGGGCAUCCUCGCCAAAGGACCGCUACAAGACGUUCUGCCACUUUUAGUGUUUGGCUCCCUCUCAAUAGCGGCCGGAAUGAUGGCCAUCAUGUUACCGGAAACACGUGACAAAAAGCUACCGGAAACAAUAGAUGAGGCUAUCUUGUUUGGAAAACCUACUCCACGUCCAGAUCAAUACUCUUUGGUGUAG